CUUCAUUUAAAAAUCUUCAGAGACUAUAAUUAAAAAAAAAAUUUAUCUUUAAUCUUUCUUUUGGACUUUGCUUUGCUGUGAAACCCAUCUCCCAAAGUUUGCUCCUUUCGCAGGGAAGGAGGAAGAAGAAAGAAGAAAGAAGAAAGAAGAAAGAAGGAAGGCUUAUCAAAACCCUCAAUCUCAAAAUCCACAAUAAAUCUGCUCUCUUCCCCAAAUUAGGGUUCUUUUUCUAUUUCUUUGCUUCGUUACUACGGCUACAUUGCUCUCAUCUUCCUUCCUUCCUUUCUUCCUUCCCGAUUACGAAUCGUGGUCUCUCAAUUCUGGGUUUGCGUCAUUUCCCCCAUCUUCGAUUCAUACUUGCUGUAAAGCUUCCAACUUUAUAUUGGGUUCUUGUUCUGCUUUCAAAGGAAUGGCGGAUUUGGUACCGUUUUAUCUCAACAUCGUGGCGUUUCUAUGUACCGUUGGAGCCAUUGCCUUGGCAAUAUUCCACAUCUACAGGCACCUUCUCAAUUACACGGAGCCUACUUAUCAGAGAUACAUCGUUCGCAUCAUCUUCAUGGUCCCGGUUUAUGCCUUCAUGUCAUUCUUGUCUCUUGUGCUACCUACAUGCUCCAUCUAUUUUGAUUCCAUACGAGAAGUUUAUGAGGCAUGGGUCAUUUACAACUUCUUAUCUCUGUGUUUGGCGUGGGUUGGAGGUCCAGGAGCUGUCGUGCUUAGUUUGAGCGGUCGCUCUCUUAAACCAUCAUGGUGUCUCAUGACUUGUUGCUUUCCGCCAUUAACAUUGGAUGGGCGUUUUAUUCGACGGUGCAAGCAAGGCUGUCUACAAUUUGUAAUCCUAAAGCCUAUCCUAGUGGCUGUCACACUUGUGCUUUACGCAAAAGGGAAGUACAAGGAUGGAAACUUCAACCCUGAUCAAGCAUAUCUCUACCUUACCAUCAUCUACACCAUAUCCUACACAGUUGCUUUGUACGCACUUGUGCUGUUCUACAUGGCCUGCAGAGAUCUCCUUCAGCCAUUCAAUCCAGUCCCAAAGUUUGUGAUCAUCAAGUCUGUUGUCUUUCUAACCUAUUGGCAGGGCGUUCUUGUCUUUCUUGCUGCAAAAUCUGGAUUCAUACAAACCGCAGAGGAAGCAGCUCACUUUCAAAAUUUCAUAAUAUGCGUCGAGAUGCUUAUUGCUGCAGCAUGCCAUUUCUAUGCCUUUCCAUACAAGGAGUAUGCUGGUGCCAAUGUUGGUGGAGCCGGAAGCUUCUCAGGGAGCCUAUCACAUGCUGUGAAGCUAAAUGAUUUCUACCAUGACACUGUCCACCAGUUUGCUCCGACUUAUCACGAUUAUGUACUCUAUAACCAUACCGAUGGUGGAGACGAGGGGGCAAAGAAGUACCGGUCUAGAACCUUUGUGCCGACUGGGCAAGAGAUGGAGGCGAUGAGAAAGAACCAAACCGUGUAUGCAAACAAGAUAGAUGGUGUUUCGGUCUCGAGUAGUCUAUCUUCUUCAGUGGGGAGCUCACCGAAAAGCUCCAGCGUAACAUCUGACCCUGCUGCGAAAUCUUCGUUGCUUGUUGAUGGAUUGGAUUCUCUUGAUACAAUGUAUGAUAUGUCGCUCAUUGACAUUGAUAUAUCUAGUUUCCCCAGCAACGUCCCCUCAGCAAGUGAAAGUGGGGCCUAGAUAGAAGCAGAAAGAAGAAGAUGUAGAAAGCUGGAUUCAGAUGAAUCUUCUGAGGUGUGUUCUUAGUUGGAAGAUGUUAGUAGGGAACUUGAGGAAAGCUUGUAAACCCGUUUGCCUUGAGCUCUUGUAGCUUUAUGUGAUGAGUCUUCUACUAAGCAUGUUUCUUGUCCUUGCCUGCUGUGUAGAUAUACUAGGGCUUGAAACUUGUCUUUAAUUGCUUCUCAAGCUUGUGAAUUGUUUAGCAGCUGAGUAACAUGCUUCGAAUAUACAUGUAACUAGAUGAGUUUGGAGCAUCUUUAAAAGUCUGUCUACAUGUUGUGUGUU